AUGUCGCGAACAUUCAAGUCACUCCUCUUUCCACUGCUUGGUGGUUUUGCUCUUAUUCUCCUAGUUCAUGCCCAGGAUGAAUCAGGCUUCAUUAGCAUAGACUGCGGCCUUGCAGGAGAUUCUAGCUAUACUGAAAAGACAACAGGCAUUAACUACACCUCAGACACAAACUUCAUAGACACUGGUGAAGUUAAAUUUGUAUCACAUGAUUACAAGAACGAAUAUCAACAACAAUAUUGGUCUGUUAGGAGCUUCCCUGAAGGAAUAAGAAACUGCUACAAAAUAAAUGUUACGAGUGGCAGCAAGUAUUUGAUCCGAGCAAGUUUCCUGUAUGGAAACUAUGAUGGCCAAAAUAAAUUCGCAGAAUUCGAACUACAUCUUGGACCGAAUUUGUGGGAUUAUGUGAAAUUCGGGGAGUAUGGCGUAGAUUUUGAGCUCAUACAUAUUCCCUUGCGAAAUUACAUGCAUAUAUGUCUUGUAAACACAGGAUCCGGGGUUCCAUUUAUAUCAACAAUAGAGAUAAGGCCUUUACUUAAUGAAACUUAUCAGACACAAGUGGGGUCUUUGGCACUUGUCUCGCGGUAUGACACUGGUGCUUUAGCAGCCACUUUUGAAGGAUAUAGGUAUCCAAAAGAUAUUCAUGAUCGCUUCUGGUAUAUCUAUGCCCGCGAUGAUUGGACACAGAUAAAUACCUCACUCACGGUUAACCCUGGAUUGUUUUACAAGCCACCAUCUGAUGUCAUGUGUACUGCUGCCACGCCGAAAAGUGCAAGUGGCUCCUUGGAUUUCUCCUGGAAGCCAGUGGAUAAAAAUUCAGAAUAUUAUGUUUACAUGCACUUCGCAGAAGUUGAAAAGCUCAAAACUAACCAUUCUAGACAGCAAUAUGUGACUAAGAACGGAGUGCUCUUUCAAGAGCUUUUUUCUCCUGAAUACUUGUACACAAGAACUCUUUUCACCCGUUUGGCUGUUGGUGGAGAAGUACAAUAUAAUUUUUCAAUCUUUGCGGCUGAGAACUCUACCCUUAAACCCAUCGUCAAUGCCAUUGAGCUUUACAUGGUAAAAGAAUUCUUAGAACCAGAGACAAAUGAAGAAGAUUUUGACGCAAUCACAAACAUCAAGUCAACUUAUAAAAUUACUAAGAACUGGCAAGGAGAUCCAUGUGCCCCUGAAGUUUUCUUGUGGAAUGGUCUAAACUGUAGCUAUCGUGAAAAUGAGACCCCAAGAAUCACAUCCUUGAACUUGUCCUCGAAUGGAUUAACAGGGGAGAUAGCUCUUUCCAUAGCCAACCUAACAAUGAUACAGACACUGGAUUUAUCAAACAACAGCUUAACAGGACAAAUUCCUGAAUUUUUGUCUCAAUUGCCAAAUUUGAAUGUCUUGAACUUGGAGAAAAACAAACUCACAGGCCCAGUUCCCGUAGGACUCAUUGAAAGAAGAAACAAUGGCUUGCUAUCAUUAAGUUUCUGCGAAAAUCUAAACACGUCCGAACAAGUUUCUUGCGAAAAGAAGGAGAUGAAAAAGAAGAAACAGAAUUCCAAUAUUGUUCCCAUAGUUGUGCCAAUCGUUGGAAUAUCAAUCCUCUUAUUAUCUGUGGCAGCUAUCUGGUGGGGGAUUAAAAGGAGAAGACAAAAUGGUAAGACCUUUGUGAUGAUGCAAAUUAAAGCCACCAUUGGGUCCCUGGAGUCAAGAAAGCGACAGUUUGCAUACUCGGACAUACUGACGAUCACCAACAACUUAGAGAAGAUUCUUGGCAAAGGGGGGUUUGGAACAGUUUAUUAUGGGUGCAUAGACAAAACUGAAGUAGCUGUCAAGAUGCUUUCUCCAUCAUCAGUUCAAGGGCCUCAACAAUUUCAUGCAGAUGUUGAUCUUCUUCUGAGAGUUCACCAUAUAAACUUGAUUAGCCUUGUAGGAUAUUGCAAUGAUAAGACCAACAAAGGGCUCGUUUACGAGUACAUGGCCAAUGGAAACUUACAAAAACAUCUUUCAGGUAGCAGUUCAAAUGUCUUGACUUGGGAAGGUAGACUUCAAAGAGCAAUAGAGGCUGCCCAAGGAUUGGAAUAUAUGCACCAUGGUUGUACACCACCUAUGAUCCACAGGGAUGUCAAAUCAUCCAACAUCUUGCUGAAUGAAAAUUUCCAAGCCAAGAUAUCUGAUUUUGGCCUAUCUAGAAAUUUCACUGUGGAGGAUGGUACUCAUAUACUCACAGGUGUUGCUGGCACUCCUGGGUACCUUGCCCCCGAGUACCACUACUCAAACAGGCUAAAUGAGAAAAGUGAUGUUUAUAGCUUUGGGGUUGUACUGUUGGAGAUCAUCACAGGUCGACCUGUUUAUUCAAACACACAUGAUGAGAGAAUUCACAUAAGUAACUGGGUUGCUUUCAUGCUUUCAAACGGGGACAUUUCCGGUAUUGUUGAUCGGAGGUUAGAGGGAAGUUUCAAUGUAAACUCUGUUUGGAAAGCUGUGGAAAUAGCAACAUCAUGUACAUCAGCAGAUGCCAUCAAAAGGCCGACCAUGAGUGAGGUAGUGAUGGGAAUAAGGGAAUGUUUGGCAACAGAACUAGCUCAAACAAAUCAGACUGGCACUGAAACUAAUUUAGUACCUAUGGAAAGCCCCACAGUUAGGUAG